UUCUGUCCCAUUUUAUUGAGUGAAUACACCUGGACGCAUCAACUGAUUUGUGCAAUCUCCCGGUCCUCCCUGAACCAACUUCUACCACCAGCACAUAUAGGAAGCCUUGGGUUUUUAGACCUGGUAAGGAAAUUAGGGUUCAAUGGCAAAGCUGCAGCUGCUGGGGCGUAAUAUUGGCAGACUCUUUACUUUCGGGCAUCUGUCUUCUGAUUUGGGAGUUUCGUCUGUGAGAGGAAGAACAGCACUGGCUCCGGCCACAGCCCGCAAUUUUUGCACCCAGCUGCCUCCUCCUCCACCACCUCGGGAAAAAUGGCGUAUUCGCAGUCUGGUGAAGUCCAUUGAUGAGACAAGACUGAGUUGCAUAAUUGCCUUUUUUGGAUCAGCGUUCCUCUUCUACAUCUUUAUGGAGGAUGAGAUCAUGGAUAGGCGCCAGAUCAAAGAGGGAGUCUGCCAGAAGGAUGGCACUUGACCUCCUGAUAUCACUUCUAUACCAAUAGGACUUCGAAUCAUGGCUUAUAUAUUGUAAGGAUUAUUUUUUUUAAUCACCAAAAUUAUGCAGGUUUAACAUGACUUGAAGGGGUAACUUUUGGUUUAA